AUGCUUGAAAAAAUAAACACAUUUCCUUUGAUUCGAGAAAUCUAUAGGAAUAAUCAUCAAAAGAAAUUUACAUUUAUAAAACUGAUGAAUAAAAAUACAGAUAUUAAUAAAAUAUUUGCUUUUAAAAAGGAUGGUAAUCAAAGCCCUCCAAAUAGAUAUAACUUAUUUGGUAACCAAUUUUCAUUCACACCCUUCAGUAACUUAUUAAUAUAUAACAACAACAAUCAGAAUACAUGUUUCAAGUUUAACCAUAAUAUAAUUAAUCCCACUUAUAAUAACAAUAUAACUCAUCCAUUAUGCAAGCAUAAAAAUAGUGAUUAUAUAAAUCGUAAAUUUUCAAAUAUACAAGGCGAGGACAACCCUAAUGAUACAUCACACAAUCAAAGGAGACAAAAAACUUUACUUUUUAGUUGGCUUAAAACCAUUAGAAAAAAACAAUACUACAAAAUUAUUGGAAAAUUAGGUAUUAAGAAAAGGAAUGCAGGCAUGUAUUGGGAAUUCUAUGUUAAUAAAAGAAAAAAAAUUAGAAGGAAAAAAAGAACCAUAUGA